UGCAAAGGGAGAAACCAGAAGUGAAGAUGACCUACAUUCCAGCCACUUGGAACAUUUCAGAGCUUGUUCAGGGCAUUUAUCAGGCUCCCAUAUAUCACUCAUUAUUCGAAGUUCUCCUCAUUAUAUGGAUCAUCAGACUUCUCUUCGUCAAGAGCUCAAAGCCGCACCGGUCUGAACUCUCGGAACAGGAAAAGGAGGAACUGAUACAAGAAUGGAAACCACAACCUCUUGUGCCUGACACGCCAGAAGAUGAUCCAGGAUUACAGGCUUUCAUCGGAAAUAACGUCACCAGUAAAAUUGCCAAGCUUGUAACCAUAAAUGGUGAGGAGUAUUUGAAUAUGGCCUCGAUGAAUUUCUUGAACAUGAUCGGAGACCAAGACAUUGAGAAUGCUGCCGUCCAGUGCAUUGGAAAGUAUGGCGUUGGCUCCUGUGGGCCACGAGGAUUUUAUGGAACUGUUGAUGUGCACCUUGAGCUUGAAGAAGAACUUGCCAGGUUCAUGGAAUGUGAAGAAGCUGCUCUAUAUUCCUAUGGGUUUGCCACCAUUGCCAGUGCCAUUCCUGCCUAUUCUAAGAGAACCGAUGUGAUAUUUUGUGAUGAGGGUGUAUCAUUUGCCAUCCAGAAAGGCCUUCAGGCUUCGAGGAGUAAGCUGAUGUUCUUCAAGCACAACGACAUGGAUGACUUGGAGAGAUUGCUCAAGGAACAGGAGAGAGACGACAUAAAAAUUCCAAAGAAAGCUGGUGCCACGAGAAGAUUCCUCGUCGUUGAGGGUUUAUACGUCAACUUUGGUGAUAUCUGCCCAUUGAAGAAGCUAGUCGAUUUCAAAUACAAGUACAAAGUCAGGUUAUUUAUAGAUGAGAGCAUAUCGUUUGGUGUUCUUGGUGCCACUGGGAAAGGAGUCACAGAACACUUCGGUGUCGACGUGAAUGAUAUUGAUUUGAUCACGGCAAGCCUUGAGUACUCUCUUGGGUCAAUAGGGGGCUUUGCUAUCGGCAGCAAGUUUGUGGUUGAUCAUCAGAGAUUGUCAGGGCUCGGAUACUGUUUCUCCGCGUCCCUCCCUCCAAUGCUGGCCGUGGCUGCCAAAGAAGCCCUUCACAAGAUGGAGAACAAUCCAAGCAUCCUGGAGAAUCUGCGCCAAAAAUGCCAGAGCCUCUAUGAUCAACUUGCCAAUUUGAACGGCCUGGAGAUUACAGGUGAUUCAAUGUCACCAAUCCUACACCUACGCCUGGCCAAGCCUUGCCAGGAAAGGAAGGACAGCCUGGCUAAGCUACAGCAAAUAGUUGACAAGGUACGCGAGAGUAGUGUAAUUCUGACCGUUGCCAGGUAUCUUGAUCAAGAAGAACUCUUCCUUCCACCACCGAGUGUCCGCCUUGCCGUCAACUGUGAUCUCUCCGACAGCGAGGUCGGCAAAGUCGUGGAAGGACUGAAGAGAGCUUGUCACGAAGUCUUUGCAUAGUUGCUUCAGGAAGGGAGUGUUUUUGUAUCAAAUAUUUCAUAUCAUUGACUAUGAUUUUCUAAUAACUGCUGAUGUGUAUUCUUUGGAAUGUACUCUUGAGUUAUCCGAGGAGGAUUUAGCUGCAUACUGGAGGCGCUGAUAUGUUAGUUUCUGGCGAUCAUCAAAAUGUCGAGACUUUUUCUGGAGUGACCAACAGUCGUACAGAUCCUGUUGUCAGGUUAGCCUCUUAUUCACGUCGAUCGCAAGGAAAAAUGUCUGUUUAGACAAUAGACAACCUGCGAAAAUAAAAUGUCGGCCAUUUUGAAAAGGCCUUUUCACAGGCAACGUAUGUUUACCAUGGCAUAAAAGUAACAAUAGACAAGCUUAUUCAAGCAAUUUACUAGAAGUUGUCCAUGUCUUCCAAUGUUCAUGAUAUUUUGAAUGCUUUUAGUGAGGAUUUGAUUUACAACGUGACUUUUAUGUCAUGGUUAACGAACGCUGCCUGUGAAAAGGCCUUUUCAAAAUGGCCGAAAUUUAUUUCGGUAAACCGUCUAUACCAAAACUGCCAAUAUUCCAUGGCUGUUGUGGUCGCAGGUUUCCUAAAUGAGGCGUUCUAACAAGCUUGCUUGUGUUGUUAGGCGCUGCGCAAACAAGCAAUUUAUAUCGCUGCAACCUGUGAUUAUAUGCGACGGAAAAGAUAUCUCCUCUGUGGGUGUAACCAGUAGCCGCUGGCUUUGAUCACUGCAGUCAGAUUCUUGUUAUUGUCACUAACCACUGCAAACAUACGAUUUUUGUCACGUGGAUCAUGAUCACUGGUCGCAGUAGUUUAUUGCCGAUUUGCAGAGCACUUCAAGAGAAUCCCGAGAUUGUUUGUGUCCCUGCAUGCUGAAGGGCACACGUUUGUAGGGUAAACAUCAACAAUUUUGGUGAAUUGAACUACAAACCUGCACAUAUUGUAACCAAAUCGGUCCUGACCUGUCUUACCUUAUGCCUGCACCUGUACUUUAUUUAUGUCUGUUUUGAAGGAAGGAUAGUGUCUUAUGCCUGUUUAUGAGAUGGCAGUAUUUAUAUUCUGAAGAGGAGAACAGUGUGAGCCUGGGAAACUCCCUACAUCUGCCGUCUUGUGGGUUUCCAGGCCAAACACAAAUCCCUCAUGUUUUCACUCGAAGAUAGCACUCGUGAGAUUUUCCUAUUGUUCGUGUAUGGACUUGGUGAAUGAUGAAAAGUUGAAUAUGGCGUUGUAAGUGGGCCAUGCUAUCAACGAAGUCAUUUUGUCUGGAAAAUAAAGCACUUUUUGUAGACCACUUUCUGUUGUUCUCUCAGGAGCCACCCUGGCUAGACGUAUAGACCAGACUCCUGCCCAAUCGCGUAACUUACAUGUUGUUGUUCCGUGACUGCCAAUAGAGGCCGCCAUUUCGGAAUCCGCAAUUCAAGGGUUCAUGAACACAGAUCACAGGCACAUGAAGAUACCAGAAUCAUAGCGAUCAAUUGGCCCAGAAUUAACAGAUAAGCACAAUCUUUAAUAUUCUACACAUAUUAUUCUUUUAUAUCCAGGUUUUGUGCAUGUUU